CGACACUACCAUUUUCUUCCCAUCAUCGUGCAGAAAACGAUCGAUCUGCAUCGUACAAGAUUCUGAGUCAAAUCGCCUCCGUUUUCUGGGAUCUAUCUAUGGGGGAAAAUGAUGUUUCAUCGGAAUUGUAUUCUCGCAAUGAUACUUUUAUCACGUCGUCGCCAUGUAUUAUCAUUUCUUGGACAGAAGAAUUGCCUGCUGAACAAGCAGAGAACGCCCACAUUGAAAAAUACGAUUCUGAGACAUUUUAGCUCAUCGAUAGCGGUUCGUCCUGGAACAGAACCGUCCGGCACCAAAGUUUUCAUGGGAAGCGAUUCAGGCGACGAGACAAAUAACACCGACGAUAGAACCCUAAAAGAAGAUUUACUGCAUCCCGAUGACUUUGGACCGAUCCCACAUCCGAAACACUUGUCGCCUUCCUCCGCGAUGACUUUUAAGGAAUGCCCCCAAUCGUUUCUGUUUCAAUACUUGUACAAAAUAAAACAACCUACAAAUAAGAUUCUGGCCAAGGGAUCGAUGUGUCACAGCGCCCUCGAGCACGUUUUCGAUUUGGAUCCCAAAGACAGGACACUGGAAAACCUCCAGAACUUGAUGCGGGUUGAGUGGGCCGAAAAUCGAUUGGAGGAGGAGUACAGGUUCUUGUUCGAAGAAGAAGAGGAGGACGCCGAAACGGGGAGCACGAAUGUUCGUCGGGACAUAAAUGCGGAACGGGAAUGGGGGCAAUCCGCGUUGCAGCUACUGGAGAACUACUACCAGAGCGAGGACCCGCGAACGAUUCUGCGCCCUAAUCCGCACAAGAGGGAAGUUUGGGUCAGUGCCGACCUUACGGUAGACUCGAGCCUGGGUGUGACGACACCAGCGGGCAGAGCAGCGACAAAAACACAACCGAAUCCCGAAACCUUCAAGGUCCGGGGAAUCAUCGAUCGACUCGACAUAGUUCGAGAGGCUCAGAGGAAGGUCGCCCUGAAAGUCAUUGAUUACAAAACCGGCAAGGCACCCAAUCUGAAGUAUUCUCCUGCCAUGAACCAGAAAAUAUUCGAAGAAAAGUUUUAUCAGCUCAAAAUCUAUGCCCUGUUGAUGCGAGAAAAAACACACGCUGCCGCAAACGACAAGGAUAGCAUGGACCUGCGUUAUCUCAAGCUCCACUUUCUCACUUCCGAGGAGGGACCGGCAAAGCCAUGGGAAAUGGACCUUGGAGAAAACCAGGAGAUACGUGACGACGAGUUGCAAAAAGUGCACAAAGACUUGUCCCAGAUCUGGAUGGACAUCGGUGCGUUGGUAGACAAGCAAGAUCCAAAGGCAUUUCAGCAUUGCGAUCGACCUUUUUGCUUCUGCCACGUGUGCAGAGACCGCUUCGUUCCUGGUACKGUAUGGGAGCGCCCCGAGUAAAAGUUAGAAAAAGCCGCUAGCGACUCGUCUUUUGCGAUCAAGAAUCAUUUUCUUUAUCUGGUUUGAUGCUCCAGCUAUAGCAUGGGACACUACGAAAGGGAAUGCCAAUUAUUAUUCAUGCUCAAUAGUAACUCUGCUUAUCACAUGAAUAUGAUACAGAAACAUAUUUGGAAGUGGCAAGUUUCCUGCUGCCCGGAAAUGUUAACCCGAUCAUGAGCCGAUAGACAGUACUUCGGUAACUAACACCAGUGAUUGGGAAAAGAAUGAAGUUGAAACGAUUUUGGCUCCAAUUGUUCUAUCAUGGUAUAGUGGAGCCGCUGGUAGAGUAAACUGAUAAAGUGCUCUCGACUGCAUAUUGGGAUGAAAAAACUAUUGACAGAUUAUUACAGGAUAGGCUUCGGCCCUUGGUUGGACAUUGUGUCAAGCCAGGAAAAUUGAUGUGCAAUAAUUAAUGUCAAAUCGGAUGCUAAUGUUGGCUAUGGUGGACUGGACUACCACUUUUCAUUUGUGCACCGGAGCCACUGACCUUUAAGAGUUCUCAGACUUACCAAAGAAACAAAAAAAACUAUUUUUUUUGUAGAAACCAUGUAGGCCUCAGUAUCCCAUUUUUGCAAAUAAAUGAGUAUCUUGACA